AUGUUUCUGGGCAAGGAUAAUGGAGGCGACGAGAACUACCCUGCUUUUAAUAAUCGUGCCCUCACCGGAAGUAAGAAGCGCAAGGACAAGCGCGAUAGUAGGGAUACCGAUGAAUUGAUGUUCGGCGAUUCUGAUCCUGACGAAAUAUCCAUCGUUGACAUCACGAUGCCCUCGACGAGUGCCCGAAAAAAUGGCCUGAAACCGAUUGUUCUCACUGACAGCUCGGUGUCAAAGCCAGAAAAGUCCAAACUAUUUGGCCGUCCGGUUCAGCGAGAUUCCAAAUUUUCUAAUGCCUUUGACUCUGCCUUCAACAACGAUCCGAUGGUUGAACUCACGAAGCGGAAGAUGCUUCAUGUCCUGGAUCCGGCCGGCCUGCGUCAUAAGCAACUGGAGGAGAGCGUCGAAAAUUCCGUUCGUCAGACGAUCUUUAGCGCCCACCCUGCGAAAAGGGCAAAGAGCAAGUUCACGGCGCCCAGCUUUGCUAAGCCGGGAGAUUUCAAGACGGCAUCCGGAGCAAGUCGGAUGGGCAAAGAGGUACAUAAGGUCGUUACUCCGGCGGAAUCGCCGGAAAAUCAGCCCACGCCAAGCAACAGCCAAGACAAAGGAGAUCGCUACCUCGGCAAUAAGCUUGUGUUUUCGCUUGAUGUUAUAAUUUUAUUUAGAAAACUAGGCGGCUCUACCACCGGUUCUUCGGGUUUUGUGCCUCCAACGGGGAUCGCCAAACAAGCCGCGGAGGCUGUGCUCAAAACAACAAUCGAGGAACCAACCGGAUUGCGCGCUGAGCCUAGCCUCAAAAUGUUUGACGAAAAUAUCAUCCGUCUGAUCGAAAAUGAGAUUAUGGCUAUCACACGGGAUACCGAUUGGCGCGAUGUCGCUGGGCUUGAGGCUGCGAAGAAAGCACUAUCUGAGAUUGUUGUCUUGCCUUUCAAACGACCAGACGUUUUCACUGGGAUCCGAGCGCCUCCAAAGGGCGUCCUCCUCUUCGGUCCACCAGGGACUGGAAAGACUAUGAUCGGGCGCUGUGUGGCUUCUCAAUGCAAGGCAACCUUCUUCAAUAUCUCCGCAUCAUCGUUGACGUCGAAAUGGGUCGGCGAGGGGGAGAAACUAGUGCGCGCAUUAUUCGCUGUGGCUCGACUGAAAGACCCGAGCAUCAUUUUUAUAGACGAAAUCGACUCGUUGCUGUGCGCAAGAAGUGAAACGGAACACGAAUCCUCGCGCCGGAUCAAAACGGAAUUCCUUGUCCAGCUUGAUGGCGUGGCGACAUCGGCUGAAGACAGACUGCUGGUGCUCGGGGCGACGAAUCGACCACAAGAGCUCGAUGAAGCGGCACGAAGACGUUUCGCGAAGAGACUUUAUGUACCACUUCCCCAGGAAUGCGCUAGACGGCAGAUGGUGCAUAAUUUAAUCGCCCAGAAUACGCAUCGACUGCGAGACAAGGACCUCGACGAGAUUGCUGGGAUGACGAAGGGCUACUCCGGAGCUGACAUGCGGAACCUCUGCAGCGAAGCGGCGAUGGGACCCGUGCGGGAUAUCGUUAACAAUAGUGAAUAUGAUAUAGAGACUAUUCCCCUAGAAAAGAAUUACCACGAAUGGGACAAGAAGUUCGGGUGCCUGCCCAAGAAUUAUAUCGAAGACGAAGCCACCGAG